AUGAAUCCGCCGGCGUUCCCCGUUGGCUACGCCACCACCGGCGUCGAGGAUGCUUACAUUAGAGGAGUCCAGACCGGCCUAAACUUCCGCUCCCUACUCGACAGCGCUCCCCUCGCCGCGUACGACGGCGUCCUCCGCGCGCCUAUCACCUCCGUACCCGAGACGGCUGCGCCUCCUCCUCCUAGCCGCGUCGGAAGACUGCCGGACCUCAGCUACCUCGAUACCGCCGCCGGACUGGAGUCUGGAUUCCCGAUCGGCGACCGAUUUCGCAAAACUAGGGCCCAACAACAGCCGCGGCGGCGGUCGACGGUGCCAGAGAAGGCGAGGCUUCUCCAGAAGCUGCUGCCGUCGGAAAAGAGGAUGGACACAGCGGAGGUGCUGGAGGAGACGCACAAGUACAUCAGGUUCCUCGAGGCGCAGGUCGGCGUGCUCCGGUCCAUGCCCUGCCGCGACAACUGUCUUCAGGCGGCGGCGUCGGAGGGCGGCGUGGAUCUGGGGAGGCUCAGCAGGCAGGAGCUGCUGCAGGCGGUGGUGAACUCGCCGGCGGCGCAGGAGGUGCUCUACACCAGUGGCUGCUGCGUUUGCUCGGCCGAGCAGCUUGAGAUGAUCUACGAUCAAAACGCUGUACGACCUCCAUGCUCAGGUCUUUGGCCGCCGCUAGCGCCACAAACUCAGUUGCGUCCUCCACGCACGUCACGUGCCCUGCCCCACCGGGCCACCGACGAUGACAUCACGAACCCCCGAAAAAGCCGAAUCCAGGUCGAAGCUGCUGAUGGGGCUCGCCUUUCUGCCGACCCUUGCAUCCACCGUCAAUGCUCAAACUUGAAAGAUCCCCCCGAUGGGAAUCUGUCGGCGAUCACCAAUCUGGAGGUCCAAGGCUUUGACACCGCCGAAGUUCUGGGUUCUGACCGAGCUGCAAAAGACUAUUGGACAAUGCUGCAAAUCAAGACCAAAAAAAUGAAGAUGGUGAAGAGGACAAUUUCCAUAAAUUCAAUUAGGUCUAGAGGGCAAAAUAGGGAUUUUAGAAGAAUCUUAUUAAUUAGUUUCCCAUGA